GCCGCCAUGGAGCACAUCACCACGCCGAAGGUUGAAAAUGURAAAUUACUAGAUCGCUAUACAAAUAGGAAGGCAGCAAACGGGACAUUAUACCUGACAGCUACUCAUCUCAUCUAUGUUGAUGCUUCUGCCGAAGUCAGAAAAGAAACAUGGAUCCUGCAUCACCAUAUUGCAAGUGUAGAAAAAUUGCCUCUGACCACAGCAGGAUGCCCUCUGCUUAUUCACUGCAAGAACUUCCACGUGGCACACUUCGUUAUCGGGCAUGAACGGGACUGUCACGAAGUGUAUACCUCACUGCUUAAGCUUUCCCAACCAGUGAAAGCUGAAGAUCUUUAUGCCUUCUCUUAUAAUCCUAAGAUGUCUAAAGAUAACAGGGAGAUUGGAUGGAAACUGAUUGAUUUAAAAGUAGAUUACCAGCGUAUGGGAAUUCCAAAUGACUACUGGGAAAUAACGGAUGUGAAUAAAGACUAUGAGGUUUGCAACACGUACCCUCCCGAAAUAGUGGUGCCUAAAGCUGCUAGUAAAGCAACAGUGAUUGGAAGCUCAAGAUUCAGAAGCAGAGGGCGGAUUCCAGUGCUUUCCUACUUAUAUGGAGAAAACAAUGCUGCCAUCUGCCGCUGUAGCCAGCCCCUGUCCGGCUUCAGCGCGCGCUGCCUGGAGGACGAGCAGAUGCUACAAGCCAUCAGAGAAGCCAACCCAGGGAGUCCCUUCAUGUAUGUGGUAGACACAAGACCAAAGCUAAAUGCCAUGGCCAACCGAGCUGCUGGGAAGGGCUAUGAGAACGAAGAUAACUAUGAGAACAUUCGCUUUAAAUUUAUCGGCAUAGAAAACAUCCAUGUGAUGAGAAACAGCUUGCAGAAGCUCCUGGAAGUGUGUGAAGCAAAGUCUCCCUCAAUGAGCGACUUCCUCACUGGGCUGGAGAACUCAGGUUGGUUACGGCACAUUAAAGCUGUGAUGGAUGCAGGUGUCUUUCUCGCCAAGGCUGUGAAAGAUGAAAAGGCGAGUGUGUUAGUGCACUGCUCCGACGGGUGGGAUCGCACAGCUCAGGUCUGCUCCUUGGCCAGCCUCCUUUUAGACCCGUUCUAUAGGACUUUUAAAGGCUUUAUGGUCUUAAUAGAAAAGGAGUGGAUUGCCAUGGGUCACAAGUUCUCACACAGGUGUGGCCAUUUGGAUGGUGACCCAAAAGAGAUAUCUCCUGUCUUCACUCAAUUCACUGAGUGUGUCUGGCAGCUCAUGCAGCAGUUUCCGUGUGCGUUUGAGUUUAACGAGCGUUUCCUGCUUGAAAUCCAUGACCAUGUCUACUCCUGCCAGUUUGGCAACUUCCUUGGGACCUGUCACAAGGAGCGUGAAGAUCUGAAAAUCUUUGAGAAGACCCACUCUCUGUGGCCUUUCCUCUUACAGAAGAAGCAGGACUUCAGAAAUCCUUUGUACAGAGGAUUUACAGCUUAUAAAGACCUUCAACCAAACACGUUACCUUUCAGUUUCCAGUUUUGGUGUGGGAUGUAUAAUCGUUUUGACAAAGGAAUGCAUCCAAAACAGUGCGUGUUGGAUCAUCUCCUAAACUGCAUGAGCCAGAAGACAAAACUAGAGGACAACGCAUCUGAAUUGGAAAAUAAGCUUCCCUUCCUCGAUGGCCCUUUACUCCCCGAAGCCUGUUCCUUACCUAAAAUGGGAAGUGCUUCUUCAAAAACACCGAUGCUCAACACUCCCCAGGAUUAUGAUGGGGACCCACCUUCCGUGCUGACGAACGGUGCUGCAGAGGGGGAUAGAGACGUUAUGUCAGACACGGACCAAGAGAACAAAGGGAACCUCUCUAAGCACCAGCACCUCUACGAUCUAGAAGCCCCUGCUGGUGUUUUGGACUCUGAAGCUACGGAUGGGAAGCCUGAGCACCAUUGAUGAGCUCUGAGGACUGUGUUGAACGAUUCAUACACUCAUGUGGUGAGGCCUACGGGAUCUGUGCCCCAGCGAGGGGUGUCGCACACGGAACAUUUCCAGCUCAGUGUCAGUACGUUGGCAGGGGCUGUUCUCCCGCCUCGGAGAACACGUUUUGCGUUCGGUUUGUUUUGCAUUACUGCCGUUGCAAUGAUGAGUUGCAGUACAGAGCUGCCCAGAAGGCUGGGCUUGCCUUAGAGCCUAGACCUCACCUUAGAGCUCAAAUGUGGUGUUUAAGGUUGUAACUGUCUGCCAGGACUGUUUGAGGCAAAAAAGGCAUCGUGGCCAAUCAACACGGAUGGAGAGUUAGGAGUUUGAUGGUAUUUCUAAGCUGAGUAGGAAGACUGCAACCCCUUUCUUUUUAGUAAUGGUGAAAGUUGCAAAUGCCAUUUUAAUUUGUUUUGAAACGAUAAAAAGUCCUUUUUUUAAUCUGAGAAUGAAUUUCUGCAUGAACCCUCACCUUGUGGCAGAACAGAUUCGUUUUUUUCCUAUGCAUCUCAGUUAAAAACAACCUCCCCCGUGCCUUUUCCUGAGACCAUCUCCAUGUCUAGCCAUGCAGUGUAGUAUUUUUAUUAUGGUAGUGUGUUGUGUAGUAUUUGSUCUUCUUUCUAGUCAGUAUUUUUAAACAGAGUUUUAUAUCUGCUGCCAAUUUCCCCAGGCCGCUCCCCUGAGUUUAAUAGCUUCUUUCUAAGACGAGCUUUCAAAGAAUGAGCUUUUAUGGACUUUACUUACUGAUCUUGAGAGUGCAGCAAGCCACAAAGACAGCCUAUAGCACAUCUAUUUCUCAUACAGGAGGAUUAGAAAUGAGCAAGUAUAGGAGGGCUUAAUAUGAAUUUAUAUAGAUUUUCUUUUUGCUCUUGUUUUAUGAUCUUGGCUAAAUGAAACAAGAGGAUAUAUUUUUUUUUGUUGUUGCUAUUCUUCUAAGCUGGAAUUAAUGUGGGUUCCUCAAAUCCAUCAGUGAGGCAAUAACUGUGAGUGAAGUUAUUGACCUCUGAAAUGUAGGCUAGAAGGAUUGCUUCACAUCACAUCUUGAGUGGCAACAGUGAAUGUUUUCUUGGGUGUUAAAACCACAGAGAUUUUGUC